AUGGAUAAAGCGGCACGGCGCGCAGCGGCGAUGGGGGAGAAGAAGGAGGGCGGCGGCGGAGGGGACGCGGCGGCCGCCGAUGAGGGCGCCGGGGCUGCGGCCAGUCGGGCGCUGCAGCAGUGCGGGCAGCUCCAGAAGCUCAUCGACAUCUCCAUCGGCAGCCUGCGCGGGCUGCGCACCAAGUGCUCCGUGUCCAACGACCUCACCCAGCAGGAGAUUCGAACCCUGGAGGCGAAGUUGGUCCGCUACAUUUGCAAGCAGCGACAAUGCAAACUGAGCGUGGCUCCUAGCAAGAGGACCCCGGAGCUCAACAGCUACCCCCGCUUCAGCGACUGGCUGUACAUCUGUAAUGUGAGGCCGGAGGUGGUACAGGAGAUCCCCGGGGAGCUCACGUUGGAUGCCCUACUGGAAAUGAAUGAGGCCAAGGUCAAGGAGACGCUGAGGCGCUGUGGAGCCAGCCCCGAGGAAAGCAGUCGCCUGCAGUACGCCCUCACCUGCCUGCGGAAGGUGACAGGCUUGGGUGGGGAGCACAAAGAAGAUUCAGGCUGGAGUCCUUUGGAUGCCCGGCGGGAAAGUAGCUCAGGGACUUCUGUGGAUACACUCUCAACGGCCAACUUGCAGUGGCCCCUGGGCAGCUCCCAGCUGGGCAGGGUGGGCACCAGUGCCCAGGGCCCACGCUCCAUCUCCGUGUCAGCUCUGCCCACCUCAGACUCCUCAACCCCCAGCCCCUGCGAGGGCCUCUCAGACACCUGUCUCCCCAUGCACCCCAGCGGCCGGCUGACCCCCCGCACCCUGCACAGCUUCAUCACGCCCCCAACCACGCCACAAAUGCGCCGCCACACCAAGCUGAAGCCGCCUCGGACGCCGCCUCCGCCCAGCCGCAAAGUCUUCCAGCUGCUGCCCAGUUUCCCCACACUCACCCGGAGCAAGUCCCAUGAGUCCCAACUGGGCAACCGCAUCGAUGAAGUGACCCCAAUGAGGUUUGAUCUCCCACAAGGAUCCCCACAGAUGGUACGAAGGGACAUCGGGCUCUCUGUGACGCACAGGUUCUCCACCAAAUCCUGGCUGUCCCAGGUCUGCCACGUGUGCCAGAAGAGCAUGAUGUUUGGCGUGAAAUGCAAGCACUGCAGGUUGAAGUGUCACAACAAGUGCACAAAAGAAGCCCCCGCCUGUCGGAUAUCCUUCCUCCCAUUGCCUAGACUCCGGAGGACAGAAUCAGUCCCUUCAGACAUCAACAACCCUGUGGACAGAGCAGCCGAAUCCCAUCCCUAUUUCGGAACCCUUCCCAAAGCACUAACAAAGAAGGAGCACCCUCCAGCCAUGAACCACCUGGACUCCAGCAGCAACCCAUCUUCCACCACGUCCUCCACGCCCUCCUCGCCGGCACCCUUCCUGACGUCUUCCAACCCAUCCAGUGCGACCACGCCCCCCAACCCCUCACCUGGCCAGCGGGACAACAGGUUCAACUUUCCAGCUGCCUACUUCAUUCAUCAUAGACAGCAGUUUAUCUUCCCAGAUAUUUCUUCCUGCUCACUGGCAGCCCCGCCCCCAGAUGCAGCAGACAGUCCCCGGCUCAACGACCAUCCAAAAGCAAACAUGUUGGAGGAUCACGAGGCGGAGGCCGAGGAGCCAGAGGCUGGCAAGUCGGACGCAGAAGAUGAUGAGGACGAGGUGGACGACCUGCCGAGCUCCUGCCGGACCUGGCGGGGUCCCAUCUCGCGCAAGGCCAGCCAGACCAGCGUGUACUUGCAGGAGUGGGACAUCCCCUUUGAGCAAGUGGAACUGGGCGAGCCCAUCGGGCAGGGCCGCUGGGGCCGGGUGCACCGUGGCCGCUGGCACGGCGAGGUGGCCAUCCGCCUGCUGGAGAUGGACGGGCACAACCAGGACCAUCUGAAGCUGUUCAAGAAGGAGGUGAUGAACUACCGGCAGACCCGGCACGAGAACGUGGUGCUCUUCAUGGGGGCCUGCAUGAACCCGCCACACCUGGCCAUCAUCACGAGCUUCUGCAAGGGGCGGACAUUGCACUCGUUUGUGAGGGACCCCAAGACGUCCUUGGACAUCAACAAGACGAGGCAGAUUGCUCAGGAGAUCAUCAAGGGCAUGGGAUACCUCCAUGCCAAGGGCAUCGUACACAAAGAUCUCAAAUCCAAGAACGUCUUCUAUGACAAUGGCAAAGUGGUCAUCACAGACUUCGGGCUGUUUGGGAUCUCAGGCGUGGUCCGAGAGGAACGGCGUGAGAACCAGCUGAAACUGUCACACGAUUGGCUGUGCUAUUUGGCCCCUGAAAUUGUACGUGAGAUGACCCCAGGGAAGGAUGAGGACAAGCUGCCGUUCUCCAAAGCCGCUGAUGUCUAUGCAUUUGGGACUAUCUGGUAUGAGCUACAGGCAAGAGACUGGCCUUUUAAGAACCAAGCUGCAGAAGCCAUGAUCUGGCAGAUUGGAAGUGGGGAAGGAAUGAAGCGAGUCCUGGCCUCCAUCAGCCUGGGGAAGGAAGUCACUGAGAUCCUGUCUGCCUGUUGGGCAUUCGACCUGCAGGAGAGGCCCAGCUUCCCUCUGCUGAUGGAAAUGCUGGAGAAACUGCCCAAGCUGAACCGGCGCCUCUCCCACCCCGGGCAUUUCUGGAAGUCAGCCGAGUAA